AUGUUGUCCAGAUGUCCUAAUAUUUACGAUGAGGAUCCACUUAGCUGUAUCCACUACUUCAUUGAAUGGCGGGUCACCGUCAACAACAAGGCCGUGGUGAAGGAUAAAGAAGAAGACCUAGCCUUGGAUCUAAGUGCCUACUGGCAGCGGUUUUUGGAGAAGAAGAUACUGAAUGUCCUUGGACAGAAAAUCUCCCGCGGUAAAAGGGUCAGGUCUGUUUUGGUUGUGUCAGUCAACGACCGUUCUCGGCGUGAUCUGACCAAGCAUUUCAACAAGACGGACAUUUUUUGA